UGCAGAGUUGGAUAUGACUGAGCAACUAACACACACAGGCAUACCUCGGAGAUACUGCCAGUUUGGUUCCAGACCACCGUGAAAAGAGGCUAUCACCAUAAAGUGAGUCACAUAAAUUCUUGGUUUUCCAGGGCAUAUAAAAGUCAGGUUUAUAUUAUACUGUAGUCUAUUAAGUAUGCAGUAGCGUAUGUCUAAAAACUCUACAAAUCUUAAUUUAGAAAAAUAUUACUAAAAAACGCUACCAUCAUCUGACAAUACAGGGUUUCCACAAACCUUCAAUUUGUUAAAAAAAUGUAAUAUAUGCAAAGCACAAUAAAGUGCAAUAAAAUGAAGUCUACCUAUACAUCUUUGUGCCAGAAACAGCCCAGAAAUGUGUUAGUGGGUUUGGUUUAUCUCACACAGGAUUUAAUCCCAUUUUGAGUCUGCAUUUAAACUUGGGAGUUUUCACCUAAAAAUCCAAAUAUUUAGAUUCUGGGAAGUGACCAAAUUGGCAGGCAGUGUUGGGCCUGUGUCCCCCGCUGCUUCCAGUGGCCUUGUAUCUGCUCCAUCUGCCACAUUGGCACUGUUAUGUUUCUUAUAGAGAGAAAAUCUCCACACUCAGGUCACUCUCACACACAGUAAUACAGAAGAAAACCCAAGAGGGACAUGUUUAAAGAAAAAUGGGAGAAUGGGAGCGCACAUAUGUCUUUGUGGAAAGCAAGAAUAUUCCAGAAUGUUUAGUAUCUGUGUCAAAAGCCCAUUUUUACCUUCCUCUCUGACCCUUGUGGGUAUUUGAGCAGGUGACCCCAGGCCCGGAGUGGGUGAUAGUCUGAGGGGGGACUUUUUCCAUUCCAGGGGCUGGUGGUGUUUGUGGGUUCUGUGUGUUAUGGACUGGACUGUGACCCCCAGAACUCACACUGAAGCCCUAUCAUGACCGUAUAUGGAGACAGGGUCUAUAGGAGGUAAUGAAUACUUAAAGAAGAGAGCACCGUUUCUUCCCACCAAGUGAGGGCACAGAGGAGGCACCAUCCAUGAGCCAGGAAGAAAGUCUUCACCAGGAACCAAAGCUGCCGGCACCUUGAUCUUGGACUUCCCGCCUCCAGAACUGUGAAAUAUAAAUGUCUGUUGAUUAAGCCCCCUGUCUCUGGUACUCUGUUAUGGCAGCCCAGCAGACGCUAACACUGUGUUUUUCCCAAGAGAAGUAUGUGAAUCAUCACCGUGUCCUGAGCCACAACUGAGCCGACCUUGAACAGGAGACUUUCCAGACUUGACUACAUCUCCACGGGAACUCCACGGCCCCAGGCAUCCGAGAUCCACAAAUCUGGAGGCCUGCAGGCUUCAUCCCAGUAUGGUUGCAGGUCAUGAGCUGGUGUUUAUGGAGCACCUAUUACAUGCUAGACAUCAUCAGAGGGACUUUAUAAGCUCAAUCUCAUCUGUCAGCUCUCAGAAGCUGGAGCUAUGACAAUCCCCAUUUUACAGAUGAGGUAAAAGGUAAGGCUUACCCAGUUACUAAGUGGUAGAGCCAGGAUCUAGUUUGGGUGUAUGUCAGUGUAGGUCCAAAUCCAUACUGGUGUGCAUUGGUUAUGGAGUGAAUGUGUGUCCCCCUCAAAGUAGAUUUAAGAAAGAAAUCCUGGGCAAAGUAGAAAUGUAUCCUUUAAAACUCCAUUGGCCAUAGUCACUGAAAACUGCCCAGAGAGGAGAGGACCAGGGCUAUGUCAGUCAGGCUGUGGUCACUACAUGGACUUUGCUGACUUGUGUGUAUCUGGCCCUGAGGAGAUGACGCAAGACACAAGGCUAGGGCCCCGCAGCUAAGCAGGAGGCCGUUAGAAACUGAAAGGUGUGGGGCAGCUUUGAGGAUGGUGGUGUCCCCACCCCUGUCUGCCCCUCCAGACAGAGCCCAACGUGUCUCUUCUGUUUUCCUCCUUUUCCCUGUUGUACAUCUGUCUCUCUUCUUCUUCUUCCUGUUCUCUCUCCUUCCUCCCCCGCUACAUACCUCUGUGACUUGUUCAAAUUUCCCCUUUCCACUCCCCACUGAGGCUGACAGAAUGGCAGGCUGCUUGUGCUCAGCUUGAGUGCCAGUGCUCUGGACGGCCCCACAUCUUGGUUCUGGUUCCCGCCAAGAGCAUGGCUUUCCUGACCAGCAGCCCAAGACUGUAAGGGGAAAAUGAAGCACGUGUGGUCCUGCCUUGCUUGAAGCCCCACCACGAGGCUGCCCUGAAAUCUGGUGUCUUCCCUUAAAGAUGUCUCCCACUCCGCAGAGGUGGUCCCUAGAAGUCGGGGUGAGCAGCCCAGCGUCUUGUUCUGCCUGUGUGCCACAAGAGAAAAUGGAUGUUGGUUGUAGGGGGAGAAGUGGAACGUGAGCAAGAAUGGAGAGUGAAGCGAGAAUGAAGUGGAUGGAAAGAAGGAAGCCAGUGGGAGGUGCCAGGCCUGGGGAUGCCAGCGCUGAAGGACUCAGGGUCGUCUGGUGGUUAGUCAGUGAUUUUAUGGAGCUCUCAAUACUCACCGCCAGGCACACAAGCCUCACCACGAUCCUCUGCCUGCUCAGAGCUCCCUACCUGCCUCCACCUCCCUCCUCCAAGCUCCACAGGGACACCAAGGACUGACUGUCCAGUUCACCUCCUGUUCAUGGUGCCUGCUUGGGUCAGAGCAGAGGCCAAUACAAUACAUAUGUGUUGAUCAGAUUGACAAAUGAAGAAAUAAGCAGUUGAUAACCAAGAUGCACCAAUUUUGUCAGGCUUCAUCUUCCAGCCUCUAAAACUGGAGUUGAACUAAGACACCUGAGUUCCAGCCUCACCCCAGCUGGACCUUUGGGCAGCGGGCUUGAGCGUGCGAGGACUACGUUACCCAGAAUGCUUCCCGUGGGCGGCCCUCGCGGCCUUGCUCUCCGGCUCGACGCGCGGCUCAGCCAAUGGUCGCUUCCGAGCGUUCGGGUUUGUGAUGCGCGGAUACUGGUCCUAGUUUCUGGACCACCGAGACCUCCGUACCCACUGUCCCACUCCGGUUCCACCCCGCAGCACCGGCCCGCCGCGAGCUCCCCCCGAGUCGCAGUGCUGUCGAGCCCUGAAAACAUCUUUCCCAGUGUCUGGCCAGAGGUGCAGGGAGAGACAGGCGUUAUCUCCAGGCCGGGGAAAGGGCAAGGGCCGCCAGGAGCAAUGGCGACCGCUCCCGGCCCCCAGCCUCUGGCCGCCCUGGAGCAGGAGGGUGACAUCCUCGAGGGUGACAUCCUCGUCGUGAAGGUGGAGGAUGACUACUGCUGGGAAGAAGAGCCCUCCUUGGAGGCGGAAGACCCCAGCCCUGAAACCUUCCGCCAGCUCUUCCGCCUGUUCUGCUACCAGGAGGUGGCGGGACCUCGGGAGGCCUUGAGCCGCCUCUGGGAGCUCUGCUGCCGCUGGCUGCGGCCCGAGCUGCGCACCAAGGAGCAGAUCCUGGAGCUGCUGGUGCUGGAGCAGUUCCUGACGGUGCUGCCGGGGGAGAUCCAGGCCCGGGUGCGGGAGCAGCAGCCAGAGAGUGGUGAGGAGGCCGUGGUCCUCGUGGAAGGGCUGCAGCGGGAGCCCAGGAAGCAGAGGCCGCGGGAUCCAGAGUUGCUCCCUGAUGAUGCACUGUCCCAUGGGACAGAGAAGUGGUUCUCGAAACACCAGGUGGAAGCCCAGCCAGAGGAGCUGUCCCUGGGAGAAGGGGCUCAAGACUCCAGCCAGCAGCCCCCAGCCCAGCUGAGCCAUAGGCCAAGAGGAGACCCCUCGCUCUGGCCAAAAAGGGGCCCAACAGCUUCACGGCAUCAGGAGACGGCAGCCCUGGCCACAUCCUUCCUUUCAGCCUGGUCCCAGGUGCCGGUGACCUUGGGGGGUGUGGCCAUGUACCUGUCCCAGGAGGAGUGGGGCUGCCUGGACCUGGCUCAGCAGGACCACAGCUGCGACGUGCUGCUGGAGGAUGCAGGACUCCCCACACCUGGGCCCUGUCUGACCGCCUUGCAGGGGCAAGGAGAAGGCCCGUGGGACCCAGCUCAAGCAGCCUCAGGGCCAAGGGAGGUCUCUGGUGGAGCCAGUUCAGGGCGUGGGAGGCGCUUGGAGGCUGGUGAGGACGCCGGGGAGGACGCGUCGCUGAGCACAGGGUGGGCCCACGCGCGCCCAGAUCUGGGUCUGGGGCCCGGCCAGACCAGACCCCAGCAGCCUCAGGACAGAGCAGGGCCCCUCGGGGUCCGGAAGCCACACGCAUGCCCCGAGUGUGGCAAGGCCUUCCGCAAGACGUCGCACCUGGCCAAGCACCAGCGCACACACACGGGCGAGCGGCCCUACCAGUGCCAGGUGUGCGGGAAGCGCUUCGGCGACCGCUCCAACUGCAGCACGCACCAGCGUGUGCACACGGGCGAGAAGCCCUACGCCUGCGCCGAGUGCGGCAAGCGCUUUAGCCAGAGCUCCAGCCUGGUCAUCCACCGCAGGACGCACACGGGCGAGCGGCCCUACCAGUGCCAGCUCUGCGGGAAGCGCUUCAACAACAGCUCACACUUCAGCGCGCACCGCAGGACGCACACGGGCGAGAAGCCCCACACCUGCCCGGCCUGCGGCAGGGGCUUCCGCCGGGGCACCGACCUCCGCAAGCACCAGCGCACGCACGGCGGGGAGAAGCCACACGCAUGCCCCGAGUGUGGCAAGGCCUUCCGCAAGACGUCGCACCUGGCCAAGCACCAGCGCACACACACGGGCGAGCGGCCCUACCAGUGCCAGGUGUGCGGGAAGCGCUUCGGCGACCGCUCCAACUGCAGCACGCACCAGCGUGUGCACACGGGCGAGAAGCCCUACGCCUGCGCCGAGUGCGGCAAGCGCUUUAGCCAGAGCUCCAGCCUGGUCAUCCACCGCAGGACGCACACGGGCGAGCGGCCCUACCAGUGCCAGCUCUGCGGGAAGCGCUUCAACAACAGCUCACACUUCAGCGCGCACCGCAGGACGCACACGGGCGAGAAGCCCCACACCUGCCCGGCCUGCGGCAGGGGCUUCCGCCGGGGCACCGACCUCCGCAAGCACCAGCGCACGCACGGCGGGGAGCAGCCCCUGCGCAGACCCCCAGGGCUCCAGGACACGCCUGGGGCCUGGGCCUGAUCAUUCGGGGACCUGCAGGGUCGUUUCAGUCCCGGAGUCAGCUCCCCCGUCUCCCGGCGUCUUCAGACUCUGUUCCCGUGGGCCCAGUGUGAGCAGGAAGCCAGGACCCGCAGGUGGAUCAGGGUCCGGGGCUACCACGAAGGACCGGAUCAGGGGUCCGGGGCUACCACGAAGGACCGCACGCAGGGGUGCGGGAAUUCUCAGUUCAGGGGCCAGAGUCUGAAGUCAAGGUGCCUGCGGGCUGCUCCUUCAGGAGGCUCGGGUGGGGUCCCUUCCGCAGUCUCCUCCGGGCUUGUGGCCACAGGGCUCUGGCACCGCCCUCUCCCCCCGCACCGCCCUCUCCCCCCGCCCCUUCUGUGUCUCCACGUGUGCUCCUGUCUUGUAAGAACACCGUCAUUGGAUUUAGGGCACACUCAGUCUGGAACAACCUCAUCUUAGCUUGUUACAUCUGCAAGGACCUGUUUCCAAGUGGGGCCCUCUCUAAGGCUCUGACUGUUGACUUGGGGGACGUCCUUCAGCCCACUUUGGGGGAAGCCUUGGUGCUGUGGCCGCUUGCAGCUUUCCAUGUCCCCAUCCUCCCAGGGUUGCUCUUCUCCUUCCCCCAACCUCACCACACUUGCCGGGUGUAGCCUGAGGGGGUUCUCCAGCAUCACAGUGGUUGGGGGUCCCCCUUGCAGAUCCACGGCUGUCCUGUUGGAUGGAUGGCUGGUGCGGGAACGCUUCCCUGAGACCCUUCCUUCCAACCUCCCCUGCCCACCGGGAAGUCUGGGGGUUUCCCCAGGAGAGGUGCCAGGGCUGCCAUUGUUCCAGCCCAGGUGGCCAUGUCCCAGGAUGCAGGCUGGCCUUGGUUGCCCCUCUUUGUCUUUCUGAUGUGGCCAUGCCUCUCUGAUCGGUUCCUGUCUGUGGCCUCACACAUGGCCGAGUGGCGCAGUAAGAGGCCUUGUUUGCUGUCGCCACAAGUGGAGCAGCUCUGAAACCUCUGGGUUUCAGAAUGUUCCAUCCCAUCACUAGACAUACUGUUACUUUUCCACACACCCCACACACCCGGGUGUGAACUGCCCUUCUCUGUUUCCUUAAUAAACAGCAUCUGUCAGUCAUCCUG